AUGACAGCAGUUACAGGAGCAGAGGAGGAAGAAGAGGAGAUGAAGGAGAAAGUAAAGGAGGAGGAAGAGGAAAAGGAGAAGGAGGAGGGAGAGGAGGAGAAAAAGGAAGAGGAGGAGAAGGAAAAAGAGGAGAGAGAGGAGGUGAAGGAGGAGGAGGAGGAGGAGGUGAAGGAUGAGGAGGAGGAAGAGGAAUCGAAGGAGGAAAAGGAGGAAGAAGAGGAGAAGGAGGAAGAAGAGGAGGAGAAGGAAAAGGAGGAGGGAGAGGAGGAAGAGGAAGAGAUGGAGGAAGAGGAAAAAGGGGGAGAUGAGGCAGGAUUAGGAGGAAAAGGAAGAAGAGGAGAAGGAAAAUGA